CGCGCGCCCGGACGUUUCGGAGGGCGCGGGGGCGGGGCCGAGCGGUCUCGCGGGUAUAGGAGACACCGUUGCCCGGCGCUGGCUCUGCGUCCCGGAGCCUGCGUAUCCCGCCAGACUCCCAGGCCGCGCACCUCGAGUGGUAGCUAAACCGGCUGCUUCCUGUGCCUUCCUGCAGAGGCUGGAAGACAGGGGCCUUCCCUCCCGGGGUGCUGUGGGGCCCGGCGUCGAGGAUACGUGGGUGGGGAGCGCUGCCCGGGCCUCCGGGACGCAGAAUGCCAUCGCCUCUCCCCUAACUCUUUUGCUAUUUGUCCCAGCUGCCAACCAAACCCGCCCCCUGGAAAUCCCGCAACGUUGGGGGCUCCCCUUCCCGGAGCACAGGCCUUGCUUGGAGCUUCCUGGGUUCCAAUUCGGCCACCCCUUGUUGAGCAUCAGCGGUUCCUAAUCCGUCAAGAUUAGCAAUGGCUGGAACAGAGCCUAAUGAGGAGCCGAAACGUAGCUGUUGGAGACAAAAUUACUCCUAAGGCUCCUUGAAGACGGUAAGGCAGACUUUAAUUAGGGGCCCGACCACAACGGGGUUUUGCAGGCACAGAGAGAGAAGUGGAGAACUAGGUAGCCAGGGAGCUCGGCGGGGAGAAUCCGUGAAUGGAAAAUUAACUGCGGAAACACCUGGGGUAAAGGGCCCUAACUGGCCGAACUCACUUGCCUGGAGAUUUGCGGAAGGCAGGCCAGAGUGAUAAGGACUUUGAUCAGGUAUCGGGAAUGGUCAGACGCACAACCUUAGAAUGUAGAAUCUGACCCGCUCUCAAAGAUGAGGGAUUUUCCCUGAACUGGACCCAUCAAGAUUCUUGCUGAAACGGGACUGGAAAGGUCAAGGGCAGAGCUGAAAGGCCAGGCCAAGUCGCAUAGAGGACUCUGAGCUUGACUAGAUUUUACUUAAGGGGAGAGAGUCUUUGUCAAUAGUAGGUACCCAACCAAGGACUACUCGUAUGUAUAUGCAUACCCUGGCUUGCUGUCCCUCUCCAGUGUCCCUGCGAGAGCCUCGGUGAAGGCCUGGUUCUCCGCAGAGGCAGCCCCGCCUGGGACCCACUUCGCGCCCGAGGACCUGCCAAGCCGGAUGAUGCACGCCGACCUGGGGCAGGCCCUGGCCCCGCCGGCCCCGCUGGCGAAGGCUGAGCGCUCCCCGUUGUCCGGAGCAGACGCGGCGUCCGGCAGGGAGCACUCUAACCCCGAGACUGCCCGCCGGCUCUUCAGGCAGUUUCGUUACCAGGUGGCGUCGGGGCCCCACGAGACCCUGAGGCAGCUGCGGGAGCUGUGCGUCCAGUGGCUGCAGCCGGACGUCCACACGAAGGAGCAGAUCCUGGAGAUCCUGACGCUGGAGCAGUUCCUGAGCAUCCUGCCCGGGGAGCUCCAGAUGUGGGUGCGGAUGCAGCGCCCGGGCAGCGGCGAGGAGGCCGUGACCCUGGUGGAGAGCUUGCGGGGGGACCCCCAGAGACUGUGGCGGUGGAUCAGCAUCCAAGUUCUGGGACAAGACAUCUUAUCAGAGAAGAUGGACGCUGCAAGCUGCCAAGUGGGGGAAGUGGGGAGCCAUCUUGGAGUGGUGCCUCUGGAGCUGGGGCCUCGGGACGCGCCUCCUGGGCCCGGGGAGCCGCCCAGCUGUGCCGUGAAAGAGGAGGAGUCAGACAUGGGGCAAGGAUUAGCCAUGGCCGUCGGCGCGCCUGCCGCCAUCCCGGAGGAAAGGCUCUUCGGAGACCAGGCCUUCGGGGCCUCCGUGCUCCAAGCAGCUCCUCAGGAGCAGUGGAAGCACCCGGAUCCCGCCCAGGAGGAGCAGCACUGGGAUGUCAUGCUGGAGACCUACAGGAAGAUGGUGUCCGGAGGCAUUUCGAGUUCCAAGUCCGACCCAACUGAUCCAGCGGAGUGUGGGGAGGAGCUGGCGGGCCGGCGCCGGCCUCUGAGGGAGACGAGCCCAAGACCCCCCUGCUCAGGAGACAGGCCGGAGAACGACAAAGAGAACCUGAAUUUGGAAAACUGCAGGGGCCUGGAGCCUUCCGAUGUCCCCUGCCAUGCCCCAGGGGAGGUGCCUCCCCAGGCCUCCUUGGGUGGCCUCUUCAGUGAGGACGCACCCGGACGCUUUGCAGAAGGGGACGGUCUCUCUCAGGCCCCGGAGAACCUUCAGGGCGAGGGGUCUGCGGGCCAGCUCUCUCCUCAAGAAAGGCAUUCUGGGAGACAGCGUGUGGCCAGUCCGCAUCCAGAAGAACUGUCCCUGCUGUGGCUGGAGGAGGAGAGAGAGGCCUCCCCGAAGGGGCCGCCGAGGGCCCCCAUGGCCCAGAAACUCCCCACCUGCAAGGAGUGUGGGAAGAGCUUUUACCGGAAUUCUCAGCUCGUUUUCCACCAGAGAACCCACACCGGGGAGACGUACUUCCAGUGCCCCACCUGCAAGAAGGCCUUCCUGCGGAGCUCAGACUUCGUGAAACACCAGCGAAUCCACACGGGCGAGAAGCCCUGCAGGUGCCACCACUGCGGGAAGGGCUUCAGCGACUUCUCGGGGCUGCGCCACCACGAGAAGAUCCACACGGGCGAGAAGCCCUACAAGUGUCCCAUCUGCGAGAAGAGUUUCAUUCAGAGGUCCAACUUCACACGGCACCAGAGAGUGCACACGGGGGAGAAGCCCUACCGGUGCCCCUGCUGCAGCAGGCGCUUCAGCUGGAGCUCGAGCCUGGAUAAGCAUCAAAGGUCCCACCUGGGAAAGCAGCCCCUGCAGCAGCCAGCGCUCCCCUAGCCGUCUCUUAAAGGCCAGUCCUGUUCUCUCGGAGGCGGGGUGGGGGGGUGGGGGGGGUGGGUGUGUUUACGGAUUCUAGAGGGGAGUCGCCUGGACAUGGCUUUGGGCCUGGAGGACACCUUGGCCUCUGGGUUGGAUUUCGCAUUGGUUUAAUUUCUUGUCUCUGCACCGGGAGAAGGACUGAUCUUGCUCCUUUGGCCUGUCUCUUGUGGAGCCCUUGGGGAAAAAGUACCACUUGGAGACUCUGUUUGACAAGUGCCGUCUGGGAGGGCUUAACUGGAUUGGCCGCAGCGGUGGCUCAUGGGAAGGGCCUUGGACCAGCUGUGUAGGACGGGGGUUCGAAAGCGGGUCUUCCGACACAGAAGAGCCAGUGAGCUCACGCAUGUUCUUUGUCAUACGGGUGCAAAUCCAACCUCAAGUGUCUCUUGUUCUAAAUAAACAGCUACCCCCUAUCUU